CACUAAUAAUAAUAAUAAUAUAAUAUAUUAUAUAAUUUAAAUUAAAUAAAAAUUUAAUUUUAUUUUUUUUAAAUUCAAUUAUUUCAAUUUCACUUAAUUAUUUUUUUAAUAAUACUCUUUGUUGUAUAUAACACUAAAAAUAUAGAGUUUUAAUAACUAAUUUUUUUCUUUUUUUGAACAACCAAAAAAACUUUCAGUAAUAAAAAAUGGUUAACUUUACUAUUGAUCAAAUCCGUUCUAUUAUGGAUCGUCGUGAAAAUAUCAGAAAUAUGUCUGUUAUUGCUCACGUCGAUCACGGUAAAACUACUCUUUCUGAUUCAUUAAUCCAAAGAGCUGGUAUUAUUGCUGAUAAAGUUUCUGGUGAUAUGAGAUACAUGUCAUGUCGUGCUGAUGAACAAGAGCGUGGUAUUACCAUCAAAUCUUCAUCUGUAUCACUCCAUUUCGAAAUCGCUAAAGACGACGAAUUACCAGCUGGUUGCACAUCAAGAGAAUUUUUAAUUAAUCUUAUCGAUUCACCAGGUCACGUUGAUUUUUCAUCUGAAGUAACUGCUGCUCUUCGUGUUACUGAUGGUGCUUUAGUCGUCGUCGAUUGUGUCGAAGGUUGUUGUGUCCAAACCGAAACUGUAUUACGUCAAGCUGUUGCUGAACGUAUUAAACCAGUUCUUUUCGUCAACAAAGUCGAUCGUUUCUUACUCGAACUUCAAUUAAACACUGAAGAAGCCUAUAUCUCUUUCCGUAGAGCUAUUGAAUCAGUCAAUGCCAUCGUUGGUAACACUGAUGAUAAAAAAAUCGGUGAUGUCACUGUUCAACCAGAAAAAGGUACCGUCGCUUUCGGUUCAGGUCUUCACGGUUGGGGUUUCACUUUAGGUCGUUUCGCUAAACUCUAUGCUGCCAAAUUUGGUGUACCACAAGAAAAAUUAAUGACUCGUCUUUGGGGUGACAACUAUUUCGAUGCUGAAGCCAAAAAAUGGACUUCAUCCGAAACCUCAGCCUCAGGCAAACAAUUACCAAGAGCUUUCUGUCAAUUCGUUCUUGAACCAAUCUACCAAUUAACCAGAGCCGUCAUUGAUGAAGAUAAUGCUAAAAUCGAAAAGAUGGUCAAAACUCUUUCAAUCGUUUUAACCCCAGAAGAUAUGGAACUCAAAGGUAAACAAUUAGUUAAAGCCAUCAUGAGAAAAUUCCUUCCAGCCGCCGAUGCUAUUCUUAAUAUGAUUGUCGUCCAUUUACCAUCACCACUCGUUGCCCAAAGAUACAGAGUUGAAAAUCUCUAUGAAGGUCCAAUGGAUGAUGAAUGUGCUACCGCUAUUUCAAACUGUGAUCCAAAUGGUCCACUUAUGAUGUACGUAUCAAAGAUGGUUCCAACCUCAGAUAAAGGUCGUUUCUAUGCUUUCGGUCGUGUCUUCUCAGGUAUCAUCCGUACCGGUCAAAAAGUCAGAAUCAUGGGUGUCAACUACGUCCCAGGUAAAAAAGACGAUUUAUUCCUUAAAUCCAUCCAACGUACUGUUCUUAUGAUGGGUAGAAAAACUGAACAAAUUGAAGAUUGUCCAUGUGGUAACAUUGUUGGUUUAGUCGGUGUUGAUCAAUUCCUUGUCAAGACUGGUACCAUUACCACCUCCGAAGUUGCCCACAACAUUCGUGUCAUGAAAUUCUCCGUCUCACCAGUCGUUCGUGUUGCCGUCGAACCAAAGAAUCCAUCCGAUUUACCAAAACUCGUCGAAGGUCUCAAACGUUUAGCCAAAUCAGAUCCAUGUGUCUUAUGUUAUUCAGAAGAAUCAGGUGAACACAUCGUUGCUGGUGCUGGUGAACUCCAUCUUGAAAUUUGUCUUAAAGAUUUAGCUGAAGAUCACGCUGGUAUUGAAAUUAAAACCACCGAUCCAGUCGUUUCAUUCAGAGAAUCCGUCUCAGAAGAAUCUUCAAUCAUGUGUUUAUCAAAAUCACCAAACAAACACAACCGUCUCUUCAUGAAAGCUUCACCACUCUCAAUGGAAUUACAAGAUGCCAUCGAAAAAGGUUCAGAUAUCUCAUCCAAAGAUGAUGCCAAAUCACGUGCUAACUAUUUAGCUGAAAACCACGAAUGGGAUAAGAAUGAUGCCAUGAACAUUUGGUCAUUCGGUCCAGAAGCCUCAGGUGCCAAUCUCUUAGUCAAUGUCACUAAAGGUGUUCAAUACCUUAACGAAAUUAAAGAUUCAUUCGUUGGUGCCUUCCAAUGGGCCACCAAAGAAGGUGUUGUUUGUGAUGAAAACAUGAGAGGUAUUCGUUUCAAUCUUUAUGAUGUCACCCUCCACACUGAUGCCAUUCACAGAGGUGGUGGUCAAAUCAUCCCAACUGCUAGACGUGUAUUAUAUGCUUCAGAAUUAACUGCUUCCCCAACCCUCUUAGAACCAGUUUACUUAGCUGAAAUUACUGCCCCAGAAUCUGCUAUCGGUGGUAUCUAUUCAGUUCUCAAUAGAAGAAGAGGUAUUGUUAUUGGUGAAGAAAGACGUAUUGGUACUCCAUUAUUCACUGUUAAAGCUCAUUUACCAGUAUUAGAAUCAUUCGGUUUCACCGCUGAUUUACGUUCACACACUGCUGGUCAAGCUUUCCCACAAUGUGUCUUUGAUCAUUGGGCUUCAAUUGGUGUUGUUGGUAAAGAUAAAAAAGCUACCGAUGUUGCUCUCGGUGUUCGUAAGAGAAAGGGUUUAGCUGAAGCCAUCCCAGAUUUAGAUAAAUUCCACGAAAAACUUUAAGGUGUCAGUUCUUUCAAUCAAAUAGAUUAAUACAUAUAUUUUCAAUAAAACUUUAAAUUAUAAAAAAUAUAAA